GUCAGACAAGUUCCAGACGGAGGAGGCGGCGUGCGUGAUUUCACGACUGAUUAGUUUGUGUGAAACCACGAGCCAAAGGCGUUCACAGCCGCACAUCAGUAUUGAUCCGGACGGCGGGUCUGUGCAGCCGACAGUGUUUGGAUGACACCCAUCAGUGUUAUUAGCGGAGUCAAUUAGCCGGCUACGUCCGAGAAGCACGUCGUUAACCAGCGGACCGCGUCAUCUUUGGACAAUGAGGAAGGUGGCUCUGCUGCUGAUAGUGUUGCUCGGCGUUGCACAUUUUGCAACUGUCAGCAGAUGUGAGGAGGAUGUUACAGAGGAGAAGGAGGAGUCUGAUGAAGAGGACAGUGAUGAUGAGGAGGAUGAUGACGAAGCGAGCAGGUUCGAAGUGUCGGGCUACCCCACCAUCAAGAUCCUGAAAAAUGGGGAACCUGUGGAUUACGACGGAGACAGGACAGAGAAGGCUAUCGUGGCCCGGAUAAAAGAGGUGGCACAGCCGGAUUGGAAGCCCCCUCCCGAGGCCACGCUGGUGCUGACCAAGGACAACUUUGAUGAGACUGUUAACAAUGCAGACAUCAUCCUUGUGGAGUUCUACGCUCCAUGGUGUGGGCACUGCAAGCGUUUGGCUCCAGAGUAUGAGAAGGCAGCCAAGGAGUUGAGCCAGCGCACUCCUCCCAUCCCUCUGGCCAAGGUGGACGCCACUGUGGAGAACGAGGUCGCCACACGUUUCGGAGUCACAGGCUAUCCCACCCUCAAGAUCUUCAGGAAAGGCAAAGUGUUUGACUACAACGGACCCAGAGAGCAGCAUGGUAUUGUGGAGUACAUGGGCGAGCAGGCCGGGCCUCCCUCCAAGCAGGUCCAGGCAGUGAAACAGGUGCAGGAGCUAAUCAAAGAUGGGGACGAUGCUGUCAUAGUCGGCGUGUUCUCCGAUGAACAGGACGCAACCUAUGAGAUCUACAUCGAGGCCUGUAAUGCACUGAGGGAAGACUUCACCUUCCGUCACACCUUCAGCUCUGAAGUGUCCAAACUACUCAAAGCUUCACCUGGUCAGAUUGUCAUCGUUCACCCUGAAAAGUUCCGCUCCAAGUAUGAGCCAGCAUCACAUACAUUUGCAGUAAAGGACUCUACAUCGGUGUCAGAAGUGCAGGAGUUCUUCAAAAAGCAUGUGAUUCCUCUGGUGGGCCACAGGAAACCAAGCAAUGAUGCCAAGCGCUACACCAAAAGACCCCUAGUGGUUGUGUACUAUGGAAUUGACUUCAGCUUUGACUACAGGAAAAAUACGCAGUUCUGGCGGUCCAAGGUACUCGACGUAGCUAAGGACUUCCCAGAGUACACGUUUGCCAUCGCCGAUGAGGAGGACUACGCAGAAGAGCUGAAGAGCUUGGGCCUGAGCGAGAGUGGAGAGGAAGUGAAUGUGGGAAUUCUGGCAGAAGGAGGCAAAAAGUUUGCCAUGGAGCCAGAGGAGGUUGACUCUGAUGUGUUGAGCGACUUUGUUAAGGCUUUCAAGAAAGGAAAGCUCAAACCCAUCAUCAAGUCCCAGCCCGUGCCAAAGAACAACAAAGGACCGGUUAAGGUUGUGGUAGGAAAGACCUUUGACGAGAUCGUCAUGGACACCCAGAAGGAUGUCCUGAUUGAGUUUUACGCUCCCUGGUGCGGCCACUGUAAGAAGAUGGAGCCCGAUUAUUUGGCUCUGGGCAAAAGGUACAAGGGAGAGAAGAACCUGGUGAUCGCCAAGAUGGACGCCACAGCUAACGACGUGCCAAAUGAAAGCUACAAAGUGGAAGGCUUCCCCACGAUAUACUUUGCCCCGAGCAACAGCAAGCAGAGCCCCGUCAAAUUAGAAGGUGGAGACAGAACAGUGGAGGGGCUGAGCAAGUUCUUGGAAAAGCACGCCACAAAGCUAUCACAGAACAGAGACGAACUUUGAGAAUGUCUCUCGACAAGUAGCUAAGAACUCUUACAGGACGCUGAUGUGGGGAGGGGGGGCCUCUGGGAAGGUGAAGGGAACGCAGUGGAGUUAAACGGUGUUACUGAGUUGCUGUGAUGAUUACAAUGUUAAAUCAUCAUUUUAGUUUCUAUUCAUUCCAAGAGAUUUCUUUCUUCUGUUUCUAAAAGCAUGUAAGCACUGUUAAAGUCUUUUUAAAUAAAAUACAAAAAUGAUGGCGGCUUUGUGGGCCAGCACUUAAA